GGAACCGAAACGCGCGCAAAAAAUUAAUUUGCAACUUCGUUUUCUGAUUUUUUUGUUUCGCGGUGAUUUUCCAAUACGGCAUAAAAUAUGUGUAGAGUAGCAUCAUAUUUUUAUUUUUGGUUCUUCAAUUUAGUGAUAUGAAGUCGAGGUUUAGCGGUUUUUCUUUCGAAUGACAAUUAUUUGUAGAAUCAAAACGAUUCGAAAAGACGGAAGCUAUCCUCCUCGUCCAUUCAACAAUCAAGCAUGUUAUUGAAAAUGAAGCAUCUGCCUGCAAUGUGACAUUAGUUUCCAGUCUUCAGUGUACAUAUACAGUUCCUGGAAGCGCAAACAGCAACGUGUUGAGUAAACAGUAGGUAGUUCCCUGGCCAUCAGCCCCCGGCAGGGUUGUUGAUACAGAAGCCAACACCAAAGUGGUUAAUUUAGUAUCGGAACACCAUCGAGCAGAGACCGUUAUCGCCGCGCCAGUAGGUAGUAUCGAGAGAAGGAUUUUAGACGAUAGAUAAGGACGUCUGCUGAACUUCAAACGCGAAACCAAACCCAACAAGCUCCAAGUGCAAGCAGAACCAUAAGCCAAGAGAGAGAGAGAUAGAAAGACAGGGAAUAACAACAGCAAAGAUAACAGCAAAGCCACACAGUUCGACCACUUCAACGACGAUCGACGCGUCAUCUGCAGUCAUCGCCGAUUGCUAUCCGUUUUACUGCUUCAAACGGUCCAGAAACGCGACCAUUCAAAGAUGAGUUUCCUCAAAAGGAUGGUUAUUAAAAUACAACUAUGAAGUUCAAAGAGAUCUACGUUCUGUCAACUGCGGUCAUCUUUCUCCAUUUCUAUCCGGCAUUGGCUUCCAGCACGCGAACGCCAACGGCAACGAUUCCCUUCAACGACAACGAAAUUAUGAAACUUACACAGAAUCCGGCCGGAUCCGACGCACAGCUGAGAUGUGGCAUCAAGGACUACCACGUGGAUCACAUGAAUGCUUCCGAUGUGAGGUGGCACUUUAAGCCAUGCGGCGAGGGAGCCAACCACGUUUCCUGUCACAACCGCGAACAGCUCGAUCAGAUGACAUGGCGACCGUUGGACUGUGACGGCAAACGGUGCCGUGUUACGCUGACUAUUCGAAACGCUAGCGAGGCCAACUCGGGCCUAUAUCGGUGCAGUAUUUAUCCCUACCGUACGGACAACGCCACCCAGUUCGAUAUUCAGUUCGUACGGACGUUCCAGCUGGAUGUUAUAAAAUCUUUCCUGGAUGAAACGGUAGCGGCUCCUGAGCUAUUGGACAACUUACCUGCCAACACUACUGCUCUACUCGAUUCACAGAUAGUGCUUCAGUGCCGUGUCUACAGCAAAGUUCAACCAUCGAUCAAAUGGUUCCGGCGUAUCAAUCUCAACAACCCGUUGGAAGAUCACAGCUUCAACCAGAACAAGUCGAUUCGCUAUCUGGAGAAUUUCUAUGAGCUGCUCCCUUCAUCGGGCGAGAAACUUCUCUCGGAGGAUAUCUAUCUGAGCAAACUGAUCCUGCCAAGCGCCUCGGAGCGAGAUAUUGGUAUUUACGUGUGCGUCGGUAUCAACUAUGGCGGGGUCAAUACGGCAGACGCCUAUGUCAAUGUGGUCCAUCCCAACGGCGUUACCGUGGGUAGUGGAGAUUCAAGUGUUGCCGACUUACUGGCCCUGUUUCUGAUUCCCUUGGGCUUGGCGCUGGUUCCCUUCUUCAUGUGGAUCUGCUGGAUCGCAGUUCGGCAAUGCAACCGAGAACGGGUACGAACAUCUGUUGAGCAUAUUUGCGCUCCAGCUGUUCCAUUGACUUUUGCAGGUCAAUCCACUCUUCUUAUGGCGGAUCAGGACACGACUAAAAUGUCCAUUGCUAGGCCUAACCACGAUAGCCUUCAUCUGUAUGAAAAAAUAAAUUGCAUCUAGGUUUUAAAUCGUCUACAGCUGACAAAUGACCAAAUUAGCGUGUGGAAAUUUUCGUCGAUUGACUAAUUCAACCCAAGCGUGUAGAAGCGUCGCUUCAUUUUACGAAAAAUUGAAUUUAUCAACAAACAAGAACGCAGCCAGUAAACGAAACAAAACGCCGAUCCGUU